AUGGUGCAGAAGUAUCAAUCUCCUGUCCGUGUCUACAAGUACCCAUUUGAGCUCGUCAUGGCGGCCUACGAGAAGCGCUUCCCCACCUGCCCGCAGAUCCCCGUCUUCCUGGGCAGCGAGGUCUUGCGCGAGUCCCACAGCGCUGAUGGGGCGGUGCAUGUGGUGGAGAGGAGCUGCAGGCUGCGGGUGGACGCCCCACGACUACUGCGAAAGAUCGCAGGUGUCGAGCACGUGGUCUUCGUGCAGAGAAACGUCUUGAACUGGAAAGAAAGGACUCUUCUCAUUGAUGCUCACAAUGAGACCUUCGCCAGCCGCGUGGUGGUCCACGAGAACUGCAGCUACACCGUCCACCCGGAGAAUGAAGACUGGACUUGUUUUGAGCAGUCCGCCUCACUGGACAUCCGGUCCUUCUUUGGUUUUGAAAAUGCCUUGGAGAAGAUUGCCAUGAAGCAGUACACUGCCAAUGUCAAGAGGGGGAAGGAGGUGAUAGAACACUACCUGAAUGAGCUGAUCUCCCAGGGCACCUCCCACAUCCCCCGCUGGACACCUGCCCUGGGCCGGGAGGAGGAUGCCUGCAACCAGGUCGGGCAGUGGGACUCUGGCUCCCUGGAUGCCAACAGGCCCAGCAGUGCCCCAGGCCCUGCUCCGGAGACGGUCAGUACAGAUGGGGACAAGCUGGACUCAGACUACAUAGAGAGGUGCCUGGGCCACCUCACGCCCAUGCAGGAGAGCUGCCUGAUCCAGCUUCGGCACUGGCUACAGGAGACCCACAAAGGCAAGAUCCCCAAAGACGAGCACAUCCUUCGGUUCCUGCGGGCCCGUGACUUCCACCUGGACAAGGCCCGGGACAUGCUGUGCCAGUCCCUGAGCUGGCGGAAGCAGCAGCAGGUGGAUCUGCUCCUGCAGACGUGGCAGCCCCCUGCCCUCCUGGAGGAGUUCUAUACAGGGGGUUGGCAUUACCAGGACAUAGAUGGCCGCCCCCUCUACAUCCUCCGUCUGGGCCAGAUGGACACCAAGGGCUUGAUGAAGGCUGUUGGGGAGGAGGCGUUACUGCGGCACGUUCUUUCCGUCAACGAGGAAGGACAGAAGAGGUGUGAGGGGAACACAAAGCUGUUCGGCCGUCCCAUCAGCUCCUGGACCUGCCUGCUGGACCUGGAGGGUCUGAACAUGCGGCACCUGUGGCGGCCGGGCGUGAAGGCCCUGCUGAGGAUGAUCGAAGUGGUCCAGGACAACUACCCUGAGACCCUGGGCCGGCUGCUCAUCGUGCGAGCCCCCCGUGUCUUCCCUGUGCUCUGGACUCUGAUCAGCCCCUUCAUCAACGAGAACACCCGGCAGAAGUUCCUCAUCUACAGUGGCAGCAAUUACCAGGGCCCUGGAGGCCUGGUGGACUACCUGGACAAAGAAGUGAUCCCCGAUUUUCUAGGGGGAGAGAGCUUGUGCAAUGUUCCGGAAGGAGGGCUUGUCCCCAAGUCCCUCUACCUGACAGAGGAGGAGCAGGAACAGGCAGACCAGUUGCGGCAGUGGAGCGAGACCUACCAGGCAGCCAGCAUCCCCCGCGGGGCUCCUCACGAGGUCGCGGUAGAAAUUCUGGAAGGGGAGUCAGUCAUUACCUGGGACUUUGACAUUCUGCGAGGGGACGUGGUGUUCAGCCUGUACCACACCAAGCAGUUGCCCAAGCCAGGCCCCCGGGAGCAGCUGAUCGACAAAAGCUGGGUCCUUGGCAGGGAUUACAGCCGUGUGGAGGCUCCUCUCAUCUGCCGGGAAGGGGAAAGCAUCCAGGGCUCCCAUGUGACCCGGUGGCCUGGGGUCUACCUGCUGCAGUGGCAGAUGCACAGCCCUCCUGGCAGUGUGGCCUGCAGCCUCCCGGGUGUGGAUGAUGUCCUGACGGCUCUUCACAGCCCUGGUCCCAAGUGCAAACUCCUAUACUACUGUGAGGUGCUUGCGUCUGAGGACUUCAGGGGCUCCAUGUCCAGCCUCGAGUCCUGCACCAGCGGCUUCUCCCAGCUCAGCGCUGCCACCUCCGCCUCCUCCUCAGGCCAGUCCCACAGCAGCUCCCUGAUCUCCAGAUAG